AUGCGCGAUGUGCUGAGGAACGUUGCCCAGCCCGUCGUCGUCGCUGUCACGAAGACGAACGCCUCGUCGCCGGCGCCGUAUCACGGCGCGACGCUGACGUCGUUCGCCUCACUCUCUCUUGAGCCGUAUCCGCUCGUUGCAUUCAGCCUGCGGUUACCCUCCAAGAUGGCCGACUACCUGCGACCAUGCUCAAAUCACACGAUCGCGCCAGGCAAAGGCGUCGAGAUCCCGCUCAACAGUUGCGACAACGACUGCGCCGCGCCAACAGGCACCGGCUCGGAGUGCGGAACGUCCCCGGCUGCGCUAGAAGCCACGACGCCGGCGCCGACGUCAACGCCGAAAACGACCUGCCCCGAACUCAUGGUGUCUCUCCUCUCCUCUUCAAACCAGGCUAUCGCAGAGGCUCUCGCUCGCCCUGGUGUCGACCAGCGGCCAAUAUUCGGCCGGUACGAGUGGGACGAUUCAGAUCCGCCGGCCCUCAAGGAUGCCGUCGGACACCUGCGAUGUCAAGUCAUCCAUUCCAUGCCUUUGAAGGCAGUUUGCGACGGUUUGGCGAACCUGGACUUUGAGAUUGAGAAGGAGAAGGCGCAUCUGCUGGGAAGCGAGCUGUUCAUCUGCCGAGUAGUCGACUCAAAUCUGGGACAAGGAAAGGAGAGUCUCGUCCACUACCAGCGAGACUACAACUCUGUCAGCAACUGA